AUGCUACUCUCGCCAAGUAUGGACAGAAUAGGAAAACGCAACGAUCACGGCUGCAAGACACUCACUCGUCCCCUCCCUGGCACUCUCACGUGCCUCACAGGCUAA